GCGCGCCCUCCCCGGGAGGGUGGGCUGUGUGCUGCGGGCCCGGCGGGCACCGGUGUGCGAGCCUCCGAGUGAGCCUCCGCGCGGGCGGUGGGGAGCGUCCCUUCGAUCACCCUCCGUGUGGCCGCUGCCCGGGCCGGCGUGACGAUGGACCGAGAGCCGGGCUGCGCGGCGGCGGCGGGAGAAACGGAGGCGGCGGCCGCCGCGGCGUUCGGAGACGCGACGCGGCAGAUGAGUAAUGAAAGAGGCUUUGAGAAUGUAGAGCUGGGAGUCAUCGGAAAAAAGAAGAAAGUUCCAAGGAGGGUCAUCCACUUCGUCAGUGGAGAGACCAUGGAAGAGUACAGCACCGAUGAGGACGAAGUGGACGGCCUGGAGAAGAAAGAGGUGCUGCCCACUGUUGACCCGACAAAGCUUCCCUGGGGCCCCUACUUGUGGUUUUACAUGCUUCGGGCUGCCACGUCAACCCUCUCAGUGUGUGACUUUCUUGGAGAGAAGAUUGCAUCUGUUUUGGGCAUCAGCACCCCAAAAUACCAAUAUGCCAUUGAUGAGUAUUACCGGAUGAAGAAGGAGGAGGAGGAGGAGGAAGAAGAAAAUAGGAUGUCUGAAGAAGCAGAAAGACAGUACCAGCAAAACAAGAUGCAGGCUGACUGCACUGUACAGACAGAUCAACCGGAAACAGCGGUGGCCAGCUCGUUUGUGAAUAUCAACUUUGAAAUGGAGGAGGGCUGUGAAGGACUGGAGAGCAAACAGCAGGCAGCCUCUGUCCCACCGUAGAACCAAAGGACUGUCUAGAAAGUGCUACCCUAAAGGUCAAUCAGGAACUCUUGACAUCUUGUUUAGUGGGGCUUAAAACAACUAUUUAUAUUUUAAAUUAUUAGGGGAAAAUCUUUCUUCGUUCUUAUGCUGUCUAUCACAGUCAGAUCUGAAGUUGGGAUGUUUUUAUUAUGAGUUAAAUUAGCGCCCUCCCCUCCUCACCGGGCUUCUUUCACAUACACUGACCAGUGCUAAGCCCAGUGCUUUGGUAAGACAUCAUUUAGCAUGGCAUGAUAACACACACCUUUAAUCCUAGCACAGAGAGGCAGGGGCUGGUGGUUCUGUGUGAGUUCAAGGCCCACCUGGUCAACAUAACAUAAUGAGCUCCAGCCUAGCCCGUGAGACCCGUCUCAAAAAAACCAAAAAAUAAAGGUGUUCCACAUUAAAAGGGGAGUUAAUUUGUUCCUUGAGAUUUUUGGUUUUGGGACAUUUGUUUAAAAAAAAAGGGUAAGUAUUGACUAAUUGUCUUUGGAGCUAAUAAUCCUAACAGCCUCAGACUGAAGUACCCUACAUUGCCUCAUGCAAUGCCUGCCUCGCAUUUAACAUACCUGCCCAUUAAUUCCACACUAGGAUGGCUCAGAGUGUGCAAUAAAAGGAGCAAGAUGGAGGCACUGUGGAUUUCCUUUGUUGAGACGAUUUUAUGGGAAGUGUUGAAUGUACUACUCUGAAUCUUGGGUUUUUACUUUUACCACAAGCCACUCUUGCAUUUUUCAGUAGUUACUAACUUGCUCUGGUCACAAAGUAGCACUAGUUGCCGAGUGAAUUUGUAGUUCCGUCAGGUGUUGGUCCCUCGUGACUCCCCACGUGGCUGGCACCUUGGGUGUGUCACACUCAGCCCUCUCUGCAUCAGGCAGGGUAGCUGGGGAUGAACUGCUCACAGUCUACUUUUGUUCACCGUUUGAAGUCACGGUAGAAAGCUGGACAGUUGAAGUGAACCAGGUUUGACCCUCUCUCUCCUCACUAGGUUAUUCCUUUACAAAGUUGUGUAAUAUGAAGCGAAUUUUGAGAAAUAGUCCUACAGACGUGUUAAGAACCUUUUAUAUGUAUAACUGAUUUAUAACCAGAUGUGGAUAAAGAGAAACGUGGACAAUGUUUUAGAUGCUGAUCUUUUAAAAGCCUUCUCAUAGCUUUUAGAAAUGAACACUUAUAAACUGGCCUUCUAAGUAGCAUGGGGUUUUCCGUCUUCAGUGUGUACGUUUCAAACAUGGAUAGGUGAGCAUAAUUGUAGAUACUUGCCAGUGGACCUCUCAGUAAGUUCAACGUCAAGCUGGAUUUUUAACUGAAUAUUCAAAGUUUGAGUCAGUUUCAGUUGGACUGAAAUUUGUAAGGCUCAGCAAGUAUGGAGUCUUCCUUGGAGUCGUGAGCUAGCUCCCUUCAUGGGUGCAAACGAUGUGGCUUAGUUCUUAGAGGUUUAUCUUUAGAUUGCGUAAUUAAUGACACUAUCAGUUAGUUUCCCAAACCAGUCUUAGUUGAUAGUUGCUGAAACAUGCUGGCCUGACCUCUGCCUCUUGGCUUGUUUUUAACAAACUUUGAGACGGUGCCACCCCCUCAGACCCUAACUUGUUAGGAGGUGAAGGCAGGUGGUCUUGAGGCAUCUCUCCCGACACGCUGCACCCCAGAGUUUACGCCACAGCCUCUGGUUACAUUAGGAGGGAAGGACCUGCAAAGCCCUGCGGUGGCCCAGUUUGCUUCCUGCUUGUCGGGCAGUGGCGGGUUGUGUGCUGAGUUAUGACUCACUGUGCCUUACGUUUGUGCUUUGGUUUAUGCAGCUAUAAAAUGAUCAUAAACGGGGUAAAUGGUUCA